AUGAAGAUCGUCAAGCAGAGGUUGGGUGUGUUUAGGCUGAAACGGAAGGACUUGGAGCAGCAGGAGGUUCAAAGUCCGCGAGGAUGGGUGAAUGUCGGUACGGAGGGGAGGAUUGCGGAGGUGAAAGUUGGGGAGGGGGAGGUGGAGGAAGGGGAGGUGAAGACGGCGGUGAAAGAGGAGGAGAAGGAGGGGAAACCAAAGGUCGACGGAGAGCCAAAGCCGUUGGGCUCGGAGACGCCUCGAAAACCCAAGCGCAAGGCUUUGUUGAUCGGGAUACAGAACUACGACCACGUCGAGAGGCUGAGAGGACCGCAUCAAGACGUAUUGGAUAUGCGUCAGUUGUUGAUCGAUCAUUACGGAUACGAUCCCGAUGAGAUAUGUUUAUUGAUGGAUAAGGAUGGUUUGGAGGAGGAUAUGAAGCCUACGAGGGAUAAUAUUGGAAAUGGUAAGAUGAGAAGGAUGGAUGAACUGGUGGAGGACGCGCGUUCUGGGGAUCGGUUUUUCUUUCAUUAUAACCUGUUGGAAGAGGAAGAUGGGAAAGAUGAAUUCAUCGUGGCGAUGGACAAUGAGUUGAUUCAGGAUAACGUUCUACGAGAACGUCUCGUUGCUCCGCUUCCUAUUGGGAGUUCACUCGUCGCGGUGUUUGAUUCGUGUCAUUCUGCCUCUUUGCUUGGUGGGUUUUUUUGGUUUCCAACGUCACUUUUUCAUUCCCGAUACGCUCCUUCCGUUAUCCUUCACUCUCAACACGCUUUUUUCUCCCAACGCACGACUGCCCUCUCUCUCGUUUCAGAUACGCUCCUUCCUUCCUCAUUCGUUCCCGGCAUGCUCCCCUCUUCAUCUUUCAAACAUUUCUUCUUCGCUCCUGGCACCUCCUCCUUCCCUUGUACCCCUUCCUUCUUCCUUGCCUUUGAUGUUUCCUUUCAUCAUCUUUUCUUCCUUUAUCUUCAAACCUCUUCGUCCUCUUUCCUCUCUGUUUCACUCCCAACACACUUCAUUCCCAACAUGUUUCCUCCAUUAUCCUCUGCUCCCAGUUCCCUUUUUCCUUUCUCCCGCCUCCUUCGCUCCUCUUCCACUUUCCUGAUCCUCCUCUUCGCCCUCUUAUCUAUCCACCCUUCCGUUCGCAUGCUGAUGCCUCUCACAGACCUCGAACAUUUCCGAUGCAACCGCGUCUACGUCCCCUGGAUGAACAAAGGCAGACGAAGGAGUAACUCGCGGUGGAACGUUAACGUCAGGAGACAAGCAGUGCCAGUGGGACCGCCUACCCCACUGGGCCCUAAAACUCCUGCUGCCAAUCAGGGUCCUACGAGUCCUGUUCGGAAUGCUCCUCAGAGCCCUGCGGGAUCUCAGCCCAAGAGCCCGAUGCAUACGACGUUCAAGCCGUCCCCGCUUAAUCCUGAUGUUCUUCCUCAAAGUCCUGUCCGGAGCCCUGCGGGAUCUCAGCCCAAGAGCCCGUUGCAUACGACGUUCAAGCCGUCCCCGCUUAACCCUGCUACGUCUUCACCUGUGACGUGUACGUGUAUAUGUACGUGUCCGCCUUGGGUGAAGCAGGAGUUGGAGUUGGAGGCGGGGGAGCGGUAUGCUUCUUUGGCUUCUUUUUCGGAAGUUUCACUGGACGGUGGUGAGACGUAUUCCUCAACCGAUAACGCAAACAACUUUUCCCCGUCUCCCAUCAUGUUCCCCUCCCUACGACCCGACGCUCCCUCCUCUUCCUCCUCCUCUUCUCCUGCUACCUCACCCACCACUUCCCAGCCACUUCCCUAUCCCGAUGCCCGUCCAUGCAGACGCCCACACCCUCAUACACCCCUUCACACCCACCCUCACCAACACGCCCACCACCAAAACCCCCAGUUUCAGCAACAGCCCCAACACCAAACCGCCCAACACUCCCAAACCCAAGCUCAACAACACCAAGCGAAACCCCUCCUCCCACAACUCGACAUCUCUUCUCGAAAAGUGUAUCAAACCAGACGUGUGAGCUCACGUUCGGUGCGGUGGAGGCGGACGUCAAUUGAUCGGAUAUUGGAGUCACCUGUUGUUGGGUCUGCCGGGUUGGCGGAGGUUGGUGGGUCGAUGGGCAUGGAAUCGGUUGCGGAGGACGUUGGGCCCUCCUCGACGGCUGCGUCGCCUGCUUUGAGUCCUGGAGAGUUUGGGUUGGGACAAAUCAAUGAGUGGAAUGAAGACCUCGAUGCUGCGUACGGGACCAAUGCGCAAGGGAUCAAGGCGGCUGCUACGCAGUUGCUUUACGAACCUAGUCAAUACGAUUUCAGGAAGAUCGCUAUCACGACAAAGAGUUCGACCAAGGUUGUUUCUCAGCGGGUUGAGGGGGCUGGCAACAAGGGCAAGGAUAAGGAGAACGUCAAGCCGGGUGGGAAGACACCGUUGGCAAAGAAAGGCGUGUCCCCGGAAGGCAUCAAAGCCCAAUCGUUGACUAUCCGGACGGACGUGAAGGCUUCGACGUCUCUUGUAGGCGUGCGAGCUGGCUCGGAGGGAGCUAUUCCGCCAGGCGGUGUUAUGUUUCCCGGAGGACAACACGUGGUUGUGGGGGGCAAUAAAGCCAGGCAGGGUUCGCUGGGUGCUGCAGCGAUUUCGUUGGAAGCUGCAGCUGCAGCCGGGAGUUCAUCACGCAGAUCGACCGAGUCAUAUCAUACAACAAGCGGUUAUUCGGUACCAGCAGGAGCAAAUGCGUUUGGACCGUCGGGAGCUUCGGAACAUUGGUAUGAAAACCUCACUGGGUCGCCUAUCCAACGGUGUAUGUCCCCCGAAGCGUUGUUCUGCACUGGAUUCUGUCAUGAACGGUGGGAGAUGGAGAAGAAGGCGAAUGGGGGCGUGGUGCAUCAUGUUGAUGUUAUAUCAUUGUCUGCAUCGAAGGAUGGCCAGAGGUCGUGGGAGGAUCAGAGUGGGUCGUCGAUGACCCAGGCUUUGAUCGCGUUGUUGAAGAAGGAUCCGAAUCCUAGUUUGAGGGAUCUGUUGACGAAUGUUAGCCACGAUCUCCACAGGUACUACCUCCGUCUCCACACCAUGUCUCGGGACUACAAAAAGCAAGUUAAGGCGAAAAAUGCGAAGUUGGCGGCGAAGGGGCGCUCAGUGAUGGUUCCACAGGAAGUGGAGAUGGAUAACUUUCAAGAUCCCCAAAUCUCUAGCUCCAGGCCUUUGGAGAUGGGGCGGCUUUGGGAACUUUGA